AUGCGGGGUGCCCAGUGCUAUCUGCAGUCGUGCGUACGCGGCGGCGAGUUAGGGCGACACGCCGAGGCUCUUUUCCCGCCUUCCAACCCGACACACUCAGCCCUCCGCCUGGUGGCGGGUAAGUUGCACGAGGAUAGGUGCUUUUGGCACGCCCCAUUGCCGCGGAGCCCCUCGAUGCCGCCAACGCGCGUCUACCUUGGCACGCCGCCGCCGGAUGGAUUGGGCGCCGGUGCCGAUCCGGAGGAGAGACGCAAGGGAUGCAUGCUGCUGGCGGAGUCGAAGGCGCAUGCCCUCCUCUACACACUCAAUGCGCGGACGGCCCCGUAG